AUGUGCGCGUGUGACUUACGAAGUGCCGAAGUGCGAGGGAGGAAUCGAGUCUUGUAUCAGCGUGGAUCAUCGUGACCCAGCUCGACUUGGCUUCGCCCUGGUAAACGAACUUCACAUUGCGGCUUGUAUGCUCAAGAAGCUUCUUGUGAUCUGUCAGGCGAGGAAACGGGAUUACGGAUGUGACGAUACGAUGACGCGAGAUCCGCAAGAACGGGAAGAUCAUCCGUGCGCUGUAGAUCGGCGGCGGAUCCCGAGGAUGGUCCUCCAGAUCCUGUUCAUUCAAAAUUUCUUUACAUUUAAAGCUGUUGCUCAGAUAGCUGAAUGUCCGUUGUUGGCAAUAACUCCGAACUGUCCUUGCUAUAACUUUGAAGACGGUCUCUUCUUGGAAUGCGCUGGCGCUACGGAAGAGACUCUAAGAACCACACUGCAAGGCAUGCUAAGUGCUACCGGCGCGGGCACGAUGGUACAGUCGUUGAGCGUUUACGAGCUCGACAAAAGCAUCGAGGAACUGAAAGAAGACGCGUUCCCCCCUGGCUCGCAGAUCAGACAUCUUCAAAUCUCGCAUUCGUCUCUGCGGGAAGUAAGCGAGCGCGCCUUUAUCAAUCUGAAAGAUAGCCUGGAAUCCUUGGCACUGGUCUCCGGUCGUUUGCCCCACGUGCCGCAAAAAUCACUAGCCGAACUACGGAAACUGGCCGCUCUGGAUCUCGAAACGAAUCUAAUACAGGAUCUUUCGUCUUACUGUUUCUACGGCUUAAAGCUAAUGAAGCUGACACUAAAAGGGAAUCAAAUAUCAAAAAUUUCCGAAUACGCGUUCGCGGGUCUCGAGGAUAGCCUCAGCGAUCUGGAUCUGGCUGAGAACAAGUUGAAGCUGUUUCCCAUGGCUCCCCUGAGAAGACUCGAGAGCCUGGCCUCGCUCAGGCUAGCGUGGAACGAGAUAUCGGAGCUACCCGACGACGGUUACAGCCUCCUCAGCUCUCUGCUCAUUCUCGAUCUGAGCAGCAACAAUUUCGAGAAGCUGGCCGAGGACUGCUUUAGACCAUGCCCCAUCCUUCACACUCUAUCCCUUUACUACAAUUCCAUCGAGAGCAUUCACAAGGACGCCUUCGCGUCGUUGAAAGAUCUAGAGUCGAUCGAUCUAAGCCAUAACAAAAUAGUCUUCCUCGACGUGGCGACAUUCAAGGGGAACGAACGCCUGCGCACGAUCGAGCUCAGUCAUAACCACAUUCACUACAUUGGCGGCGUGUUCGCGCGAUUGCCCGAACUGCGGGAACUUUAUCUCGCGGAAAACAAUAUCCUGGAGAUCCCGGGAGAUGCGUUCGCCGGCAGCGUCAGCCUCGCGGUGGUGUAUCUCCAGCAGAAUGCCAUCCGUAGAAUCGACGCCAAGGGUCUCACGAGUCUCACGCAGCUGGCGCAAUUGCAUCUGAGUAACAACUACAUCGAGAAAGUGCCGCGGGAAUUCCUCGAGCACUGCGAGAAUCUCUCGUCGCUCUCCCUGGACGGUAACAAGAUCCGCGAGUUGCAACCGGGCACAUUUCUCAAGCUGCAUCAAUUGCGCGAACUGCGGCUGCAGGAUAAUCAUAUUACGGAGGUGAAGCGCGGCGUUUUCACGCCACUGCCGGCGCUCCUCGAGCUACAUCUGCAAAACAACGCCAUUACCUCCAUGGAGACCGGCGCGCUGAGAACGCUGAAUAGCCUCCAGCACGUUAAUCUUCAGGGCAAUCAGUUGACCAUGCUCGGCGACGUCUUUCAACUGUCCGCCUCGGAGUCGUCUUCCGGCGGAAGCUCUUUGGUGUCUAUUCAGUUGGACAGCAACGGCUUGGCCGUACUACACAAUGACUCCCUGCGCGGUCAGGCAUCCGUCAGAAUCAUGUGGCUGGGUCACAACAAGCUGACACACCUGCAAGCUCCUCUCUUCAGAGAUCUUCUCUUGGUCGAACGCCUUUAUCUGACGAACAAUUCCAUAUCCAAGAUCGAGGAUGCCGCUUUUCAGCCGAUGCAGGCUUUAAAAUUUCUCGAGCUCAGCAUGAAUAAACUGAGUCACGUAACGGCGAGAACAUUCUCGGAGCUGCACGAACUCGAGGAACUGUAUUUGCAGGAUAACGGCUUGAGACGACUCGAUCCUUACGCGUUGACGGCCCUUAAGAAGCUCCGAGUGCUGGACCUGGCGAAUAAUUAUCUCACCGUUUUGCAAGACGCGAUUUUUCAGGAAGAUCUGCCAAUUAGAACGUUGAAUCUGAAGAACUGCUCGAUAACCACGGUAGAGAACGGUGCCUUUCGCGGGCUUAACAAUUUGUUCGAUCUCAACUUGGACGAUAAUCUCCUCACGGCGACGGCGCUGAUGCGUCUGCACGUUCCCGGUCUUCGAACACUCGCGGCGUCCGGCAAUAAUUUCAGUCAGAUCACGGAGCACUGUUUCAACGGAUUGCCUUCCCUGCAGGAGCUGUUCCUGGACGGCUCGCAGAUAAGUCAACUGCCGGAAGCCAUCUUUGUGCUAAACCGAAAUCUGGCGCGUCUACACUUGAAUCACAAUUACCUGCGUGCUCUGCCACCAGGCAUCUUCGACAGAUUGCUGUCGCUGCGAGAGAUACAUCUGGAUCACAAUCGAUUCCAGGAUAUUCCGUACUCGGCACUCGCGAGUGCUCUUAAUCUUGAAAUUCUCACGCUGUCGACCAACGAGAUCCUCAACGUCGACGUGGCCAGUUUCGCCAGCCUGAAGCAUCUGAGAGAAUUGGAUCUGAGCCACAAUAAAAUCGAGACGAUGUCCGGAUUCGCGAUGGCCAAUCUGUCGCGCUUGAUAUCCGUGGAUCUCAGCCACAAUAACUUGAACGCCCUACCGGCGAACUUUUUCGCCCACUCGUCUUUGUUGCGAAGGGUGGAUUUGUCGGAGAAUAAAUUCCGACAGAUACCGGCGGUGGCUCUCUCGGGUCAAAAUCUUCCCGGUCUGGCCUGGCUUAAUCUCACGCGGAAUCCUUUAAACAGAAUCCACGAUCUGCCAUCGGAAGCGAUGUACCCUAUUCUUCAGGAAGUACAUAUAUCUGGCACAAAUCUGAGCAUAGUAACUUCGCAAGACUUCGAAGCUUUCCCGGCGCUGUUGCAUCUUUAUCUAGGUCAAAAUUGUAUUCUACGAGUAUCGCCGGGCGCCUUUCGCAGUCUUCCGAAUUUGCUUACUCUUCAUCUCGGCAUGAACAGCUUGGAGAUACUGCCGAAAGAGAGACUCCAGGGAAUGGAGCAUUUACGGAUACUCAAUUUAACGCACAAUCGCCUGAAAGAACUGGAGGAGUUCCCGGAGGAUCUCAAGUCUCUUCAAAUACUGGACUUGUCUUACAACCAGAUCGGCAUCGUCGGCAAAGUAACGUUCAAAAAUUUAAUUAGCCUGGUGGAACUGCAUCUUUAUGGUAACUGGAUAAACGCCAUCUCCAGCGAGGCAUUCAGACCUCUGAAGAAGUUACGUCUACUUGACUUGAGUAGGAAUUACCUGGAGAAUCUGCCGCUGAACGCUUUUCGGCCACUCGAGACGCAAAUAAGAAGCCUGCGAGCUGAAGAGAACCCUUUACAUUGUGGCUGCGAAUCCCAAGAAUUGUGGGAAUGGUUGAGAGACCAUCAGAAAUUGGUGAGUGGAGUCGGUGGUGGUCGUAGCCGCGGAAGAAAUGGUGUCGGAGUCGGUGACGUCGAGGGCGGUUUGUUAAGAUGCGAGCAACCACCCGAGCUCCGGGGUCUCGUCUUCCUCGAUCUUGACCCCCACGCUUUCUGUUCCGCUCCGCUGGUCCUGAAACUCGCAAUUCAGGACAUUCAGCCCUUCUCCGUUCUCGUAUCGUGGCAGAGCAGGAAUCAUUCCGGUCUUCACGGAUACCAAGUGGCGUAUCAUGCCUUGGACAACGUCGACGAGGUACGGGGUAAGCUGCUGGAUCCAAAGGCACGUUCGGUGAGAUUGACAAAGUUGGCAUCUGACACGCGCUACCUGAUCUGCGUACUUGGUUUGGGCAGUUGGGGUACACCGAUUCCGGAAGACAUCGGCUCCUGGCAAUGGAACGCCUCGCAUGAUGACGUGAUCGAGGGAUCCUCGUUGCCCGUGAUGGUGAACUCGCCUACGAGCCGGUGCACCGAGGUCAGAACUUUGGACGCGCCUGAUUCGAUAGUGGGUGACGGCACGGUGAGCGACAGGGGCAGUUUGGCGAAUAUUCUCACGAGACGGCUGGGCUUGAUCGUGGGCAGUUGCAUGGGCUUCGUCGUCUUCGUGGUGUUGAUCUCCGUUCUGGGCUAUAUGAAAAUGAAGAAGCAGAGAGCGACGGUCAAGCGGGAUCAGCCGUUGUCCUCGAAUCCCCCGGAGUAUAUGUCCUACAGGCACUUCUCGUUGCAAAGUGGCGACAGAGCGGAGAACACCUGUCCGAGUUUCAUCAGCAACAUCGGGCCUUCGCCCGUCAGCUCGUAGCAGAAGGCGAAGGAGUCUCGUAAAGAGGCCAUUCAACAUGACAUCGAGAUGAAAACAGUGUCGACUUGCACCAAUAUCUACAGCUAAUAAUCACGCGGCGCGAGAAGACGACAUGUCGUGUUGACGACGCUUCCGGUGUCAUCGGAAAGAGUGACGAGAAAAACGGGAUAGUCGCGUGUGAUCUUUGGAUCUUCGAACCUCUAACACGCGUUUCAAAUAAUCGAAUGUCCAUCGAUUAUGUCGAACACGUCAUGGAACGAUAGUUCGUGACGAUCGUUCGUGACUCUAUUUCGAUCGUCACGUCUCGACAUAAUUUUUUUACCUUUUGAACGUGAUCCACGAAAGAAACGCCAUUGAAUAGCGAAAUAAUCAAAACAGCACUAUCAGAAAAUUUUUUAAUCCACAACAGCACUUCGACGCGGAAGAUCUUUUUGUAUUAUAUACACCGCCGAACAUGAUCGCGAUGUCAAUAUUUUCGCGAUUAAGCUUGUGUAUGAAAGAAGGAAUUCAUCGAAAGAAACGUAACAAGCAAAGUGCCAAAAAUACAUGUUUUUGCAAAUAAUUUAAGCCUCUCCAUUCGCGAUUGUUUGGGUGUGAAAGCACGACUUCCACUAUGAAAACGAGUAAUUUAAUCUCGUCGUAGGCAAGAAUUAUUAGCAAAUUUCAAUGUGCGCGACUUAGGCACGUCACAGCAUUUAAAUUUUCGUGCCAAAAGACUGGAAAAUAUUCUCGCAAGAAAUUCAAGGAUUCCCCGCGAGAAAAUCAAACGUACACGAUAAAUUUAACAUUUUGACAGGGGAUUUUACCGGAGUGAAUUAUUCUUUAUAGUUUUCCUUCCUUUUUUACGACGUAUACCGCGGGAAAAACUACCGCCGGACGUUUAACGGCGAAUACAUUUCCCAUUGCUUUACGAAACAAGCAACUGAGCAACGACUAUCGAAACUCUCACUCACGAAACUUCGAAUCUCUCGUACGAAGACUGAUUUUUUACGCCAUUUAAAAUUUCCUCCAUAAUUCCGAGACUCCUCUGCGUAUCGUACUCUUGGCGCGACACUCUUUUGUAAAUACGAUGUAACGUGAAAGAUCGCCGGCAUAACGAUGUCCAUGCAGAUCCGUGUAUCCGUGAAAUUCGUCUUUAUAGUGCUGCGCAAGCAAUAUUACACUUAUCCGUAUCGAUAGUCUCUAAUGAUCAGCACUAAUGUAAUUAUUAUAAGAAUAAAUGCGAUUCCAGCGUGAAGGACGUCGCAUCCUUAUGACAUCGCGAUAGAAAAGAUUUUACGAACGAUCGUGAUCUAGCCUCUUUUGAUAAUAUC